AUGAUAUGUGCUAAGAUAAGAAUAGAUUCCAACCAACACUUCAUCGAAAUAUCUUGGAGGCAUUGUUUCUUGGGUACCGGUACGAGUUAUGUAUGUACUGCGGUUGACAGUGAUCAAAGUGUGUUUUAUAUGUUCAAUGCGGCUCUAAAUUCUACUCGGCAUAUUGAAUUAUUUGUUGAGUAUUCGUCUGUUGGAAAUGCCUUAAUCCCACCAAUUGUUGAUCAUGGUGUUGGAUCAUCUACGAGGUUUGAACCUAUGAGCAUCGACUGCGGUAUGAAUGAGCAAACAGACGUUGCAGAUGUUGGAUUGAAUACUCAAGAGAAUGUACAAGAGCAUGCUGAUGUUGAUGUUGUACGAGGAGACCUUGCAGAUCCAGAAUUGUCGUCAUCAUCGUCUGAUGAUAUUUUAAGUGAUGAUUCCGAUUUUACUUUGGAUUUUCACCGAUUACGACAGGUAAUCAGAAAAUGCCUGAAAUCAUCAUUGACUUUGAGUGGAUCGCCUGAGAAGAAGCAAUUACCGGAGGAUUUUGUUGAGAGACAGACUUGGGAUCCAAGAGAGGAGACGCAGCUGAGAGCUGUUAAUGAGGCAUUGCAUCUAUCAACUGCCCCACCGAAUGUUGUAUGCCGUGAAAAUGAGCAGAACCGGAUCUUGGAUUUCUGCAAGAAAUGCGUUAAGGAAGAGAAGGCUGGAAGUCUGUAUGUGUGUGGGUGCCCGGGAACUGGGAAGACGUUGUCGAUGGAAAAAAUAAAAGUGAUGCUUGUCGACUGGGCAAACAAGGAAGGUGUACAGCCUCCAGAUGUAUUAUCCAUCAAUUGCACUACCCUUGCAAACAUGAGUGAGAUUUUCAGCAAGAUUCUUGGUCAAACUCAUUCUGGGAAGAAACCUAGUCCUACAUCAUCUUUGCAACAGCUUCAGAAAUUGUAUUCUCAACAUACACCUGGCAUGAAGAUGAUAUUGGUUGUAGCUGAUGAGCUGGAUUAUUUGAUUACCAAAGACCGAGCUAUGCUGCAUGAUCUUUUCAUGCUAACAACUAUGCCUUUCUCCAGGUGUAUUUUGCUAGGGGUUGCUAAUGCUAUUGACUUGGCCGACAGGUUUAUCCCAAAACUACAAACCUUAAAUUGUAAACCUAUGGUCAUAACCUUUUGUGCCUACUCCAAGGAUCAGAUCAUCAAUAUUAUUCAAGAAAGACUAAAGGCACUUCCCUAUACUGUUUUCCAGCCACAAGCACUGGAACUCUGUGCCGGGAAAGUUGCUGCAGCAUCGGGAGAUAUGAGAAAGGCUCUUGCAGUGUGCAGGAGUGCGAUUGAAAUGCUAAUAGGCGAGUCUAUGUUAUCAUCAGUAGUUGGGACUGAAGAUCAACUAAAGCCUACUGCAAAUGACAUGAUGUCUAAUCAAGUGAGAAUACAUCAUGUUGCUGCUGCAUUAUCAAAGGUGUAUAAAUCGCCAGUAAUAGACACAAUUAUAUCACUGCCCCAACAUCAACAGAUCAUCCUCUGCUCAGCUGUGAAGCUUUUUCGAGAAGGAAAGAAGGGCACAACCCUCGGAGAGUUGAAUAAAUAUUACGUGGAUGUGUGUAAAUCGACUAUGAUCCCUCCAGUUGGCAUUUUGGAGCUCUCAAGUAUGUGCAGGGUGCUAGACGACCAGGGAAUUCUUAAACUUGGACAAUCAAGAGAGGAUAAGCUAAGAAGAGUGACAUUAAAUGUUGACGGAGCAGACAUUGUUUUUGCACUGCAGGGAGUUCGAUUCUUCCGGAACUGUCUGAAGUGAUUAUUUGGAAAAGAGUCACGAUCCUUUGCUGGUUGAUAAACCAAAUUAAGGAGAGGUAAGGUAAAACAACAUAUGCAGCUCUACAUUUGGUCAAGUAUGAAUUCAUCUCUGUGGGUCUGUAGUAAUACUCAGAUGCAAUGAAUAAAUUGAAAAACGAGUGCUUAAAGCAAAUGAGCUCAUAUGGAUGCUUGAGGAAGUAAACACAGCAAAGAGGAUGAAAUGGCAAGCAAGGAAAUCAUACACUGUAAUGUGUUGAAGACUGAACAUUAUUUUGGCAUAAAUUAUACUGAAAAUAGAAUAUACUAGUAGGUUAUUUUUCAGCAGUCCAUCAUUAGGCUGCGGUUUCUUUUAUAGUAUAAUCAAUAAGAAUGCAAUCAUUUUUUUUGUUAUUGGA